AUGGCACCUCUAGAAAAUCUAACGCAUUUGCUCGCAAUUGUCCCAUUCGCGGAACCCAAAGGCUCCCUUGACCAAAUCCGUGAAAAGAAUCCUGGGGUAAAAAUAACUUGGAUUGAAGUGAAAUUGCAUCCUCUUGAAGCAUGGCAAAAUGACGUGCACAUUGAUCCAGAAGUGUAUAGAGAUGUUGAUGUUCUCAUGACCCUCCGUGCUCUGCCCGAGCCUGGCCAAGCUCCAAGGCUCCGUUACGUGCAUGUGUUCGCUGCAGGUACAAAUCACAUAACCAGCUCGCCUUUGUAUCAAAAGUCUGAUAUUUUUAUCACCUCGAGCUCCGGCUGCCAUGGACCGCAGAUUGCAGAGUGGGUUAUGAUGACAGCGCUGGCGCAGACACACAGAUUGAGAACUCUAUACCAAUGGCAAGACCAGUGCAAAUGGGGCCGCUUCGAUGAUCACUUCUGGCGAGUCCGAGACCUUGUUGGCCAAAGACUUGGCGUUCUGGGGUAUGGCUCGAUCGGUCGGCAAGCGGCACGCGUAGCCAAGGCCUUUGGAAUGGAUGUCAUUGCCUACACUGCAUCGCCAAAAACAACACCCGAAAGCAAGAAGGAUCAGGCUUAUACGGUGCCGGGCACCGGUGAUCCGAAUGGUGAAUUACCAUCAGCGUGGUAUAGCGGCUUGGACAAAGCCAGCCUCCACAACUUUCUGGCCCAAGGAAUCGAUAUUCUCCUUCUGAGUCUACCGGCCACGCCGCAAACCUAUCACAUGAUAGGAGAGGAAGAGCUGGACAUUCUCGGAAGAACAAAUCACACCUUCAUAUCCAACGUCGGCCGAGGUGAGUUGAUAGACCAUGAGGCUUUGGCUAGGGUUAUGAAAAAACGCCCUGGUGAUGAAGUCUGGCUGCGCGGCGCUGCACUCGAUGUAGCCGAACCAGAGCCACUACCUAAGGACAGUGAGCUGUGGCACAUGCCCAAUGUGACGAUAACACCGCAUAUUAGCGGCGCUGCAAUAGGGUAUCUAGAGCGAGGAGUUGAUAUUCUCGCUCUCAAUAUCGAGAGGCUUAAGCGUGGCGAACGGCUCAUCAACCAGGUCGAUCGCCAAAGGGGUUAUUGA